CACGAAAAGACACUGCAAGGAGCGACUGUUAAAAGAAACGAAGAAGAACGGUUAAAAAAUGGCGGUAGUCUGAGACUGAUGUGAAAAAUCAUAUUGCUAUGGAAUUAUUCUCCAAAAGAUGAAAAUGGCGUCAAGAUUAUUGAAGAGAGCUGGCAUUUCUCCUGAAUUAAGCGACCAACUAAAACGACACAAAAUAGAAAGUUGUAAGGAUCUGUUGACACAUACUUCUUUUGAAGUGAUGUACGCAGCAGGGUUGAGUUACCAGAAUACCUUAGAGAUGUUGGAGGCUGUGAGCAAGGUCAUUGCUCCACCAAUCACUACGGCCUUGGAGCUGUGGAAGCUGUGGAACUCAGGCUCUUGCUUUUCGACAUCAAUACCUGCUCUAGACAAAGUGCUGCGAGGAGGACUUCCUUGUGGAACCAUAACAGAGGUGACGGGACCAUCUGGCUGUGGGAAGACUCAGUUCUGUUUGACGCUGAGUGUUGUAGCCACCCUGCCAAAGGAGUUGGGUGGCUUGGACCGCAGUGUCAUCUAUAUUGACACAGAGUCAGCAUUCUCUGCAGAGAGGUUGGUGGAGAUCGCACAGAACAGGUUCCCAGACUACUUCACAUGUAAGGAGAAAGUCCUGCAGAUGGCAAGUAGGGUCCAUAUUUUCCGGGAGAUGACCUGCCAAGAUGUCCUCAACAGACUGGAGAGAUUGGAAGAGAUUAUCAUCUCGACCAGAGCUGGGCUGAUUAUCCUCGACUCAGUUGCUUCAGUGGUCAGAAAGGAAUUUGACACCACGUUGCCAGGCAACCUUAUACACCGUAGCAACCUGCUGGGACAAGAAUCCACCACCCUCAAAUAUUUGGCCCAUCAGUUCAACAUCCCUGUGGUCCUUACUAACCAGAUCACUACUCAUAUAGUUAAUCAAGGUUCCGGUACAGCUAGUGAGGGGGACUCAGGACUAGUGACAGCAGCUUUGGGAAACACAUGGAGUCACAGUGUCAACACACGUUUUAUCUUGCAGUAUGUUGAUGGACGUCAGAGACAGCUAUUGGUCGCUAAAUCUCCUGUGGCUCCCUUUGUUGUGCUGAACUACACGAUCCAAAAGGAAGGAAUUGCUAUUAAAGAAAACGAUGACAAGGAGACUUUUUAUGAGGGCACCGAUCCCAGCCUCCAGUCCAUCAGAGUGAGAACUUCAAUCAACGUUGAUACAACAUGAAUGAAUGUGCCAGAAGUACAUUGAAAGUAAUCACUAUUUUCAUCAUUCUCAUCACAAUUGAAAUUGCAUGGACAGGACACGGCAUUGGAAAGCCCGCUCAAAAAAAAAUGCACACGGAGUGCUAGUUUUUUCUCCUCUAACCGUGCUUUUGUUUUCUAGAUUCUUAUUUUAUUCUUGGAGCUAAAUUUCCUGAAAUUUAGAGUCAAAGAUGUCUGAGAGAUGAAAAUUUGAGUUCCAAGGGUUCACUACUUUACCUGAAUAAGUUGUAUGGAUGUCCACAGAAACAAGACUUUAAGUUGAUACCUAAUAAAAAGGGAAUUUUGUACCAACAGUGUUUUAGUUUGUUCUUGCGCAUAAGCUUAGUGAUCUUGUGUAAACAAGUUUUUUUUAUUAUUAAAUGUCUCAAUAAAAUGCUUCUAUUUCAAUAUUUUAAUAUUCAUUUAUUUCAAUUUUUAUUUGUAUUACACUUAAUUCAUAUUAUUUCAAUUUUUAUUGACAUAUUUCAACAGUUCUAAUUUCAACAUUUAUUCCAAUAUUUAUUUAUUUAAUUUUUAUUCAUUAGCUUUUUAUGUAGCUCUACUCCAGAGCCAUGCAGCUUGACUGGCUCAACUCAAACCCCGCCUAGUUCAUGCCCGCCCACAGAGGUUGAUGAGCUAAAGACAGAUAAAAUUAUUUCAUGCGGUACAAGGGGAACGAGUGCAAGAAUGAAAUAAAUACAAAGUGAAAUAAAUGUUGAAAUCAAACACAAUAAAUGUUGAAAUAAAUAUAUAUUGGAAUAAAUAAAUAGAUUGGAAUACAUAAAUUUGAAAUAACUAAAUAGAAAUUGAAAUAAGUGAAAUAUAUGAAUAAAAAUUAAAAUAUUGAAAUAGAAGCAUUUUAUAACAUUUAAUAAUUUAUUUAGUUGUGUAUUUAAUUUUUUGCACUUCUGGUCCUUCAAACUGUCACCUCACGAACAAAAUGUAUUCAUUGCGGCGUGGCUUUCGUAUCAUGAUCUGAUCCUAAUGAAUAGAGUUUUACUUGUAAAUCUCCAAAGGUGUACUAAAAACAACACAUUAAAUUUGCUGUCAUACCCUCGAAUUGCCUG